CCCGUUUUUUGGUAUAAAAGUAACCGACGGUGAACGGACUGGCAUCAUACACCGUCCAGUGUUCUAUCAUAUCGGCAAAAGAUGAAGGUCUUCGUUAUCCUUUCCGUAGUUGUCUUGGCUUCUGCCAGUCUCGAACCUGCAGGAUAUCGUCCUCCAGGAUCAUCUCCGUCUACCCGUUACCUACCGGCGAAUAGAAACGUUGCUAUACCAUCCAAUCAGUAUCUUCCUGCCCAUGUAGCACCUCCUAAUAAUCAGUAUCUUCCUGCCCAUGUAGCAUCUCCUAAUAAUCAGUAUCUUCCUGCCCAUGUAGCAUCUCCUAAUAAACAGUAUCUUCCUCCAUCAUCUUCUCAGUACUCCAGCCCGUCAUCUCAGUACUUGAGCCCAUCGUCCCAAUAUUCUGGACCUUCAUCCCAAUAUUCUACUCCAUCAUCCCAGUACUCCUCGCCAUCCAAAAUUUAUCUUCCAGCAAGUGCCUCAGCAUCUCAGCAAUACUCUGCUCCAUCUCAUUCAUCUGGACCAUCACAAUCUUCAUUCUCUUCUGCUCCCGUCAAUCAUUACUCCAGCCCAUCAAAUCGUUACCUGCCUGCUCAAACCCAGAGAUAUUCGCAAUCCGGAUAUCAAUACGGAUCGGCCGAAGACUCUGCUCCCGCCAAGUACGACUUUGAGUAUCAGGUUAAUGAUGAAUACGGAAAUGACUUCGGACACAAGGAAUCUCGUGAUGGUGACAAUACCCAGGGUGUCUAUACUGUUUUGCUUCCUGAUGGUCGCAAACAGAUCGUCCACUAUGAAGCUGAUCAGGAUGGCUACAAGCCUAGAAUCACUUAUGAAGAAUCCAAACAAGCAUACAAUGGAUACACUCGUCAGGGUAGCCAUGGUGGAUAUCCUCAAGCUGGACCUUAUUAGUUCUUUAGAACGAAGAUAACAUUGAGAUACUUUAUACUCAUAUUAUUACGUGCCUAAUGGUGUAAUUUAUUUUUCUAUCAUAAAAAAAGUUUUCAUUUAAA